CGCCGAUCCCGCGACCCCAGCGCCCCGCCGCAGCCCCCUGCCUGGCCCAGGCAUCCCCCUCCCACGGGGACUCCGUCUCUAUUUUGGGGGAAGGGGAGGUUCAGCGGAAGCCCCGAGUUAUAAUUAGCCCCACUCGGGUUUCCUAGAUAAUCUCAGCCCCGCCACCACCCCAGCUCAGGGCGGCGGGGGCUGGGUGCCGGGUGGCCGCCGCGAGAAGGAGGGAGUUCCGACCCGGGGAAUUUUGAUCCCUUGGCUGGAGAUGCCGGAACCACAGCAGCUGCGGCCCCAAAAUAGCGCCCCCGCCCCCUGCAGCGGGGGAUCUCCGGAGCUCGGAGAACACAGGCGUCCCGGUUCGCCCUUCAGACCCCUCCGCAAUGCCCUCCAGCCCCCAGACCCCCGCCCCAAGUUUUCUGCUCCUUUGCUUGGGGCGGGGAGCGCCGUUAUUUUAUCGGUUUCUACUGCCCCCCGCUGGCGGCAGUGUGCACAGCAUCAUCAGACGAAUGAGGGACGAGUCCUGGGGUCCAAGGCUGGCGAACCCGUUCGCGGAGGCUAGGCGACAGGAGUGCGCAACUGAUGGGGCCCCAGCCCUGGCCAACGCAGGAGAGGCUGUGCCUUCACGCCACCGCACGCGCCCCCAUUGGCACCUCCCAUCAUCGAGGGCUCCACCCCUGUCGGGUGGCCUCUGCGUGGACUGCAGCCUCUGGUGCGGGUGCCCACAAGGCUCACACUGGGCCCAAUCCAGCCCACCCAGCAGGGGGAAGGAGCCGCCUGCCUGCCUUGGCAGCCAUCUGCCUGCCUUGGCAGCCAUGAGGCCCCCAUGGUGUCCCCUGCAUACUCUCUUCCCACCGUUCCCACUUCUCCUCCUCCUCCUCCUCUUCCUCCUGGGAGGAGGGGCAGAGGCUGAGCGCCCAGAGGACCCGGAGCUGCUGGUGAUGGUGCGUGGGGGCCGGCUUCGGGGCACCCGCCUAAUGGCCCCUGGGGGCCCUGUCUCUGCUUUUCUGGGCAUCCCCUUCGCAGAGCCACCCGUAGGCCCCCGUCGCUUUCUGCCACCGGAGCCCAAGCGACCCUGGCCAGGGGUGCUAGAUGCCACAGCCUUCCAAAGUGUCUGCUACCAAUACGUGGACACCUUGUACCCUGGCUUUGAGGGCACCGAGAUGUGGAACCCAAACCGUGAGCUGAGUGAGGACUGCCUCUACCUCAACGUGUGGACACCGUACCCUCGGCCUAAGACCCCCACCCCUGUCCUCGUCUGGAUCUAUGGGGGUGGCUUCUACAGUGGGGCCUCCUCGCUGGACGUGUAUGAUGGCCGCUUCCUGGCCCAGGCAGAGGGGACUGUGCUGGUAUCCAUGAACUACCGGGUGGGAGCCUUUGGCUUCCUGGCCCUACCAGGGAGCCGGGAGGCACCAGGCAAUGUGGGUCUUCUGGAUCAGAGGCUGGCCCUGCGAUGGGUGCGGGAGAAUGUGGCAGCCUUCGGGGGGGACCCGAUGUCAGUGACUCUGUUUGGGGAAAGUGCAGGUGCCGCCUCUGUGGGCAUGCACCUCCUGUCCCCACCCAGCCGGGACCUGUUCCACAGGGCUGUGCUGCAAAGGGGUGCACCCAACGGCCCCUGGGCUACGGUGAGCAUGGGAGAGGCCCGCCGCAGGCCCACACUGCUGGCUCGACUCAUAGGCUGUCCCCCAGGUGGGGCUGGUAGCAAUGAAACACAGAUGGGCGCCCUGUGUCUGGACACGGCCAGCUCAGGACCUGGUGGACACGAGUGGCAUGUGCUGCCUCAGGAAAGUGUCUUCCGCUUCUCUUUUGUGCCUGUGGUAGAUGGAGACUUCCUCAGUGACACCCCGGAGGCCCUCAUCAACGCUGGAGAUUUCCACGGCCUGCAGGUGCUGGUGGGUGUGGUGAAGGAUGAGGGCUCCUAUUUUCUGGUUUACGGGGCCCCAGGCUUCAGCAAAGACAACGAGUCUCUCAUCAGCCGGGCCCAGUUCCUGGCCGGGGUGCGGGUCGGGGUCCCCCAGGUGAGUGACCUGGCUGCCGAGGCUGUGGUCCUGCAUUAUACAGACUGGCUGCACCCUGAGGACCCGGCACGCCUGAGGGAGGCCAUGAGUGAUGUGGUGGGUGACCACAAUGUCGUGUGCCCUGUGGUUCAACUGGCUGGGCGACUGGCCACCCAGGGUGCUCAGGUCUAUGCCUACAUCUUUGAACAUCGUGCAUCUACGCUCUCCUGGCCCCCCUGGAUGGGGGUGCCCCACGGCUACGAGAUCGAGUUCAUCUUUGGGCUCCCUCUGGAACCCUCGCUAAACUACACCACUGAGGAGAGAGCCUUUGCCCAGCGACUGAUGAAAUACUGGGCCAACUUCGCCCGCACAGGGGACCCCAAUGACCCCCGGGACCCUAAAGCCCCGCAGUGGCCACAGUACACGGGGGUAGCGCAGCAGUACGUGAGCCUAAACCUGCGGCCUCUGGAGGUGCGGCGGGGGCUGCGAGCCCAGGCCUGCGCCUUUUGGAAUGGCUUCCUACCCAAAUUGCUCAGCGCCACCGCCUCGAAGGCUCCCAGCACCUGCCCAGGCCCCGCCCACGGGGAGGCUGCCCCGAGGCCCAGGCCCGGCCUCCCCCUGCCCCUCCUUCUCCUCUUCCUCCUCCUCUCCCGGCUCCAGCGGCUGUGACCACGGCCUCUUCCCCUCCGGCCUCUGGGGGCCCCUCUUCUAAUGAGUGGUCGGGCCGGGGGGAGGGCCCCACUCAGGGAUCUCCGACCCAGCGCCCCGCCCCCUCAAACCAAGAAGCUCACACUGGACAGGGCGUGGGGGAGGGUUGACCUACGAUCCGUCUCAGGGACUCACACGCCUUUGUUGUUUAAAUGGAAAAGCCCAUUUUCUUUUUUUAUAAAAUUAUUCCUUGGA